AGUACCACAACAAAGUCGCAAAUUCGUCAUUAUCGUGUGCACCGUUCACAAAAAAUGGUUAAAUCACUGCUUCUUCUGAGUUUUUUGUGUUUAUCGAGCUUCCUCGGCACUGCGACAUGUCUCCAAAUGUCGAAUGCAUUGCCGAAUGGCGCAACAGAACAAACUCGUUAUCGUCGUAGUCCCGUAGAAAAUUCCAGUCCGACACCAGAUUCGUCACCACCAAGUGGUGCGAGUAACAGCGAAAAAACAAAUGUCGUGCAGAACGAACAAAAAUUGUUGGGCGUCAAUGGCACGGGACAGCGUAAAGAUUACGGGAUCUCGUCGACAUCGUCGCCCGUUUUGGCAGCGACAAUUUCAACCCCGCCCUUGAAUUACAAAAAUCCGUAUAUGGGGGACGAUGGCGCCUUUACGCUCGACAUUGACGAGCCCGAAGAAGCGAUUGACGCGGACAUCGCCAAACACAACCAAACCAAAAAGGAGGAUUAUCACGUUUAUUACAACAGUUCCGUAACGAAUGACAAGGAAUUGAUCAAAAAGCAUCGCGCCGAACUGGGAAACAUGACGAUAAGUAACAUGUUGUCGCAUUCGUACCGGAGAGCGAUGACGAUCAAACUAAGCUUCGAUUUUCCGUUUUACGGUCAUAAAGUGCGAAAUAUCACUGUGGCGACGGGAGGUUUUCUGUAUACCGGCGAACAUGUACACUCAUGGCUGGCUGCAACGCAGUACAUUGCCCCGCUAAUGGCAAAUUUCGACACGUCUAAGUCGAAUAACUCUUUUGUCAAGUACAGCGAUAACGGUACCGCUUUCACGGUUCUGUGGGAAAACGUCAAUUUGCAAGACACGGAGAAAAACGGCACUUUUACGUUCAGUGCGACACUGUACAAAAACGGCGACAUCACUUUCGCUUAUUAUUCCGUGCCAGUGAGCGUCGAGGCAAUUACGAGUGACAAGCAUCCCGUAAAAGUGGGGCUUUCCGACGCCUACAUCAUCGAUCGCACGAUUUUCUUUGCGCGUCGCAAAACCAUCUACGAGUACCAUCGCAUCAACUUCGAAGGCAUGCACAUCGAAAAUGGCACGUUGAUUUAUUUGCAGGCGCUCGACACGUGUCUCAACUACACGGAUUGCCAAACGUGCGUAAAUGCCUUUCCCGACAUGAAUUGCAUGUGGUGCCCCACGAUGAACCGCUGUUCCACGGGCACCGAUCGCCGACGACAAGAAUGGUUGCAUAAGGGCUGCGAAACAAGCAAAAUUACGCAAGCUGGCACCUGUCCAAAGAUCGGCGAGAAGGGUAACGACUACAAGAAUCACGUGGAAGACGGAGAUUUGACAUCGCCAGUUGUCGUUGCGUCAUCCACCGCCUCGAGUGUCGACAAAAAAUCAGCUGUCACAUCGUCGUCGGCAUCGCGGAUCAACAACAAAGCCCUCAAUCUCGACGAUCACGAUCGGGAUGCGCUGAAAAAUAACGAACACGCCGAGAACGAGCAUCACGAAGCACACGCGAAAAAUGUCAAAGCCACGCUGGGCUUCCUCAUACCGCUUGGACUGAUUCUCACGGCGGCUCUUUGGGCCUUUUACGCCUACCGGAAUCCACACAGCAAAAGCGGGCAAUUUUUGAUACAAUACCGACCUAGUCAGUGGGGAUGGCGACGCGGCGAAGCACAUUACACCGCAGCUGUUCAACAGUAAGCUCACCAAUCGGGCCUUUUAUCACACACACACAAAAAAAAAAAACACAGGCAGCUGAACUUGUAAAUUACUAGAAUAGAUGAAAAAAAAUUUUAGACAUAAAAAUAAUUCUUCGCUCGAGCUACCUAAAAAAAGUGCACAAUUUUAUAUAUAAAUAUUUGUUAUUUUAAAAUGUUUCAAUUUAAAAAAAAAUUAGAAAAUUUUAUUUUAUUGUUACUACUACUCGUCUGAUCGUCAAUCAUCACUCAUAUAUGUAAAGAGAAAAAAAAACAAUACUUAACCUUUUAUUUAACUCCAAUCACCCAAAAUUCAAUUAAAAUUUUUAUUAGUGUGGCACAGGAACAUCUUAAAUACGUAGUACAUUAACUCCUCAUUCCAACGAAAUUUUAUACUUAAAAACUAAAUUUAAAUCUAAGCUCAUUAAUAAAAAAAAAUCCUCAUUUUAAUCCAAAAAAAACCAAAAAAAAAAAUAUCAAAUUUUAUUUUAUUUUAAUUUUUUUUUUUUGUAUAAAUCAAUAAAAGACUUUGCAAUAAAUUCUCUUAUUUUUAUCUACUAUUAAAUAGUUUAGAUUUUAGUUAAAAAAA